AUGCAGGACUCAGAGGCAGAAGGAUCUGAUGCAUUUCAACAGAAGUGGGACAAAACAACAGCAUAUGUGAACCCACCUUGGAAAUUAAUUCCAAAGAUUGAAUCUGUUCAUACACCUGAAACUGCCACCGAACAUGCUAAAUCCAUCACGAUAGAAUCACAUCGCAUGGCUUAUAUCCGCAAGAAUUGGAAAGAUCAAGGAUUUUCAGAGAAAACUAUUAAAUUAUUGGAACAAUCAGAGAGACAGAAAACAAAGAGGAAUUACGAGAGCAAUUGGAAAAAGUUUGAAAAUUGGUGCAGUGAAUGGAAUGUGGAUCCUUGGAAAGCAAUUUCAUUGACUAGAAAAGAACUAAAAAUUUCAGAGUGUGAGAAAAUCAGACAUAUAUUUAAAGCAAAACAAGAGUUAGAUGAAACACCAAGAGACAAGCAGCCUCCUCAUUGGGAGAUAAUGGAUAUAUUGAUCUCAUUGAAAACAUCAGAAACAAUAGAAUCUCUGACUCUUCGAGAACUAAACAAAAGAACAUUGAUGAUCUUGGCAAUCAUAACCAUGUGGAGACCAAGAUCUGACUUGGGUCGUAUAUUUAGACAAUCAAUAUGUUUCAAAGAGAAAGCAGAUUGGCCAGAUUUGGUUUUAUUCAUAGCAACAAAACCCAAAGGCGCAGAUCUUAAAAGAUUAGAUAAAAUACCAGCAUUCAAAGAAGAUAAAGAGAUAUGCCUAGUCUAUUUGACUGUAGAACUAUUAAGGAGAACAAAAGAAACUUUGGGAAAUUGGAUAAAAGAAACAUUUAAAAAGGUGAACAUUAAUGUUAAUUUAUACAAACCACACUCAACAAGUAGUAUAGCAGCUACAACUGCAUUAGAGAAAGACAUAAGUGUUGAAUUAAUUAUAAAAUCAGCAGUAUGGACUAGAUCAUUGACAUUUAAAAGACAUUAUUUUAGGCCAGAAGAGACAAUUCCAUCUCUGGUGGUAGAUACACUACUUUUAAGUAGUAUCAAUUAG